GCUCCAUUGUGGUGUUGCGAGCUAAGCAGGUGAGUCCUCCCAUGGCGGCAAGCAAAAUGGUUCUGCGCCGAUUCUUCUCGUCAUUUCAAUCCCGUCAACAUCCUCCAAACCUCAUCAAUCUUCAAGCAUCUUGGCAUUCUUCUACCAGUUCAAUAUUAAACAGAUUUGGAUUUCAUAAAGCGGUCUCAACAACUACAAAUCCAACCAAUUCUGUUCCUGAAGAUAUCGAAACCAACGAAGCUGACGGCGCAGAGUCUAGUUCAAGUCUGGAUAAUGUUUCUACAUUGAUGAGCAUCAAUAAGAACCCUGCAGUAAAGUUUUCUGCUACCUCAAAUUUGAAAGCAUCGUCGAGGCAUGAUCUCGCUAUGAUCUUCACAUGCAAAGUCUGCGAAACAAGAUCCGUCAAGACAGUUUGUCGAGAGUCAUACGAGAAAGGCGUGGUGGUGGCGAGAUGUGGAGGGUGUAAUAACCUUCACUUGAUUGCAGAUCGUCUUGGAUGGUUUGGUGAGCCAGGAAGCAUAGAGGACUACCUUGCUGCGCAAGGAGAAGAAGUUAAGAAAGGUUCAAUUGAUACACUGAAUCUCACACUGGAAGAUAUAGCUGGAAAGAAGCCUUAAGAAGGUAAAUUUUGCCAAAUACACUGCCAAGAUUAGUGUAGUUGAUGAGACUUUAAAAGGGUAAAGAAGUGUAACUAUAGAUAGUUUCUGAAAUCGCAAUUCUUCUGUCUUAUGGUUUUCAUUGUAUUAAAAAGUGUCAUAUUCAAUGUUACUCUUAUUUUCAUCUAUUAUUCUCGCUGCCAAUUGCAGGGAUGUUUUUUGUUUUGAGAUCAUCAUGAUUAGCUUGCCUAGAUUCUUGGCAUUGUUUAGUUUGAACUGUUGGGCUUAAUCUCAUGUAGAUUUGAGGAGUUAAGCUCUAAAAUGGUCUCUGAAAUUGGUGUCGUAGGAUUGAUAAAAGUGCACCAUGUUAGUCU